CCUGAGCAAAUUGCUGCUAUUAAGAAAUUGACACGUAGGCACCUUGAGCAAGAUAAGAGGGAGCUACAUGUUGAUGGGAAGGUAGUUGAGAUAUUUCAUCAACACUCCGGCACUAAUGAUGAUGACCUGUCUUGUAGGCCAGAACUCAAAGAGGUUGAGAAAGUAACAAUGAAACAAGAAAACAGUUCAUUUGCUGGAGGGGAUUCCUUGGACGGUGCUCUCUAGGAUAUUUUUCGCAGAGAGGAUGUACCCAAAUUACAGGAAUAUAUUAAGAAGCAUUUCAGAGAGUUCAGACAUUUCCAUUGUAGUCCCUUAAAGCAGGAUCGGGCGAAGGAUCCAGCUUGUAAUAAAUAAUAGUUGUGAAUGGUUACUUUUGAAGAUGGAAAGUAAAUGAUACGUCUAAUUAAGUGUAUGUUAAUGUACCAUCAUGAAUAAGAAAUUUUGUUGAUGUGAUUACCUGUAUUCAAUAUUGAAACAUCAUAUAUAGUCUGACUGGUUUAUUAAUUUAUGGCCCUUUCAUUAUUAUCAUAACAAUAGAUUCUUCUGUACAGUGAUCAGAAAGAAAGGAAAUGCAUUGUUGGCAUAGUAAGCAGUCCAAAAAGUAACUGGUUUAUAUAAUAUGUUUAAUAUGUUCCUUGACAAAUUUGAAGUUUAAUUGGCAGUUUGCUUGCUGUUUUAUCUUCUUGAAUGAGAUUUCCUUUGCUAAUGUAGAUUAUUCACCCAAGGAAGUGAACUUAAGGAGGAGUAUGCUAGGAGAUGACGUUUUCAUUCCUGCUGGUUUGCCUCACCAAGUCAGAAAUCUGAAGUCAUGCAUCAAGGUUGCACUUGAUUUUGUCUCUCCUGAACACAUUGGUGAAUGCUUCCGUUUGACAGAGGAAUGUUGCAAGCUUCCGGUAAAUCACAAAUCAGCUGAGGACAAAUUUAAGGUGAAGAAAAUUGUCAUACAGGCUAUGCUUGAUAUUAAAGUAUGCAUGACGGCAAUCACCGAAGGCAUGACAGCAAAUCACUAAGUAACAGGGGUUGACUUAUUUGUAAUAAUUGUAAUUGCUAUAUCAAAGGGAUUAGAUACAUCAUAGACUUGAUUUUAGUAAUUAUUCCAAAUUAGGCUCUCUACACUUUGUAUAUAUCUCUGUAUCAUUAUUCUUUGUAUAUACAGAAAACAUAUUU